GAUCACGUGACAGUUCCAGCAUAUAAAAAAGAAACUGCAUUAUAUUACAAACACACUGCUGCGGUUUCCACUCGGCAGUAAUUUGGCUGCGUUUGACUGUUUGCAGUAGCAUUGCUACAGAGAUACAAACACCAUGACAGACCAAGCCUUUGUCACAUUGGCCACAAAUGAUGCCUAUGGGAAGGGAGCACUGGUGCUUGGCACAUCGCUGCGGAACCAUAGAACUUCAAGAAAGCUGGUGAUCAUGGUUUCACCUCAGGUCUCUGAGCCCAUGAGAGCAGUGCUUCAGAAGAUCUUUGAUGAAGUAAGGCUAGUGGACGUAUUGGACAGUGGGGAUUCUGCACACUUGACCCUAAUGCAGAGACCUGAGCUGGGUGUUACAUUAACUAAGCUUCACUGUUGGACUCUAACACACUACUCCAAAUGUGUAUUUAUGGAUGCAGACACAAUGGUUUUGUCAAAUAUUGACGAGCUCUUUGAGCGAGAAGAAUUAUCGGCUGCACCAGACCCCGGCUGGCCAGACUGUUUUAAUUCUGGAUUAUUUGUAUUUCGACCUUCCAAUGAAACCUACAAUCAACUCCUACAGUUUUCUUCAGAAAAAGGAAGCUUCGAUGGUGGAGACCAGGGGAUUUUGAACAGUUUCUUCAGCAACUGGGCAACAACAGACAUACAAAAACAUCUGCCAUUUAUUUACAACCUAAGCAGUGUAGCCAUUUACUCCUACUUACCAGCAUUUAAACAGUAUGGUGCAGAUGCCAAGGUGGUCCACUUCCUGGGAAGAGUUAAGCCAUGGAAUUGCAGAUACGACUCAAAAACAAAGAGUGUGACUGGAGACAGCCAGGAUCUACCCAUGCUUCAUCCAGAAUUCCUGAACAUGUGGUGGGACAUCUUCUCUACGUCCAUGCAGCCUCUGCUUGCAGAACAUGGAGUGGUGAUCCAUUCGGAGCCUGUGUGCCAAUCGCUCUCCAGUUUGGUCUCUACACUGGCAUUCUCUUAUGGCUUCUCUAGUGAGGAUGAAGCUACUGAAGCAGUGUCUCGUAUCCACGUAGGUGCACCCCCACCUCCCCCUCCCAUGUCCUCUGCAGAACGCAAGCAGAAGUGGGAACAGGGACAAGCAGAUUACAUGGGAGCCGACUCAUUCGACAAUAUUCAGAAGAAGCUUGAUGCCUACCUAAAGUGAAGUGUAUUUACUGUUUUCAUAAACUUAGUGAACUUGCAGCUCUCUGGGAAAUGAUUCCAAAACUUAUUAAAUCUACAGAAUUACGGUCCAUAUGCUUCUACUGAUUUUGUUUACAGAGAAUUACUGUAAGUAAAACUGGACAGACUUUGUGUAGUGUGUUUUGGUGGUUGUUUUUUAAACCUGUUUUUCCAGCGUUUGACACCUUUUGACAUGGUUAUAUCAAAUUAAUGCCUUUUUAAACGCUGACUAGAAUGUAUGUUUAAAUGUAACGUGCCCUAGGUCACCUGAAAAGGUAGUUUUUUCACAACUGUUAGCCGUAGCAGGCAGCAAAGAAUUAAUCAACUUGCCAGAAAAUAAGUUUUUUUUGACAAUUCAGUAACUUUGUUAAUUUAUGCACCAGUGACUUUUCUCCCUUUUAUUGGUAACGGUCAACCUGAUCUUUUUUUUUUAUUCAGUAUAAACACAUCGUAUUGGGUAUCUAUUCAACAAAAAGGAAAGUCUUAUCCCCUUAAGCUAGUGGUUCCUCUAGAUCUAAAAUUGUUUCAGAAUAGUACACCUUUUUUCAGAUUUGGUCUUUUUUUUAAAAAUAAAAAAUAAUGAAGUCUUGAAUAUUUGAUCACUUAUACUACAAAAGGGAAUAAGGUGGCUUUUAAUUUAAAUUAAUUGAUUCUGAUCUUCUGGCUGUUUCACACACCUCCAAUUUGGUAACAACUGCCAUGAUGUCUUCAGUAUUAAUGUUAAAUUGGAACUUGCUGUUAAGUCUACUUUGUAAAUAUGUUGCAUGCUUAAGAUGGUUAGACAGACUUGACUAUAUCCAAGUAAAGCAGAUUUGUAGUACAUCCUUGUGGCUUACUAGUGAAUAUGCAAGCCCUGAAGGACAAACUUUCCUGCUGCCUUGGAUUAAUCUAGUUUGUAAAAGACACUUUACUAUUGCACUGACGUAGGGUCAAGUGAGGUAUAGCCAUUGAACAUUUAACUUUGCAGUUCUUACCUUUUGCAAGUCCUGUUUUCAUGCAUUGUUCAAAUGAAUAGUCAGUAUUGCAUGGACCUUUUACACUGCAAAACACUCCAACUUCAAAAUAUGUUUGCUUAAGGCUGUCUCAUGCUACAAAUUUGUCAGGAGUAUUAAGUGUUCACUGAUGUAUCUAUACUGGCACUGAAGCAAAAGCAGUCAUUAUGAAGUUUAUCAAAGUCUGUUGGCUUUACAACUGAACUGCUGCAUGUUUCCUGUACCAUAGCACUUUAUUUGCAAAAUAAAAAAAAACUAGUGCUGUGAAACUAUG